GGCGCCAGACGACGCACCAGCAUCCUCCCGAGUCCUCUGCUGCUGUGUUUCCGACUGAAUUGGGUCCACGACCGAGUCCUCACAUCCCGAACAUGGCUCCGUCAGUCGCCGCUUGGCUCAUGAUCGCCCUCGCACUGCGUCCCACCUGUAUCGCGGUGUCCGUGUGUCCUACCGGAUGGCAGGGAUACAGCAAUCACUGUUACUUCUUCGGAACAAACAAUCUGGACUGGGACAAGGCUGAGGACUACUGUGUGUCCAAGGGAGGCCACCUGGCGAGCAUUAGGGACCGACGGGAGCAGGAGUGGCUGGCGCUGCGAGCACUGGAACAUUCUUGGUACUGGAUUGGCCUGCGACGUGCGGCGCCUGGGAGCACUGUGUGGCAGUGGACAGACGGAACACCUUUCUCCUACUCGUACUGGGAUAUCGAUCAGCCAGACUACUACUUAGGACAGGAAAACUGCGGUGAGAUACAGCGGAGUUACGGUGGUAGCUGGAAUGACUACCCAUGUGACUUUAGCCAGGGCUACAUCUGCAAGGUGCCCAGAGACAAGGUCAUGUGCGCAAAUGCCACCAAUGGAGCGUCGUGUUCCUCUCGGGAUGUGGCGUGCCAGUGCCAGCUCUACAUGAAAUACAGCGAUACGGGCGGCUUCCAAGGUGGCUUGGGCGGUCUCAGCGUGGGCCGUACGCUGGUCAUCAAGGGACAAUCCAUUCCCCAAGCAACCAGACUGGUGAUCAACCUGGACGUGCGUGACAGCAGCGGCAAGGAGACGGGCAACAAUGCGCUGCACCUGAACAUCAACUUUGGCGGCAAGAGCUUCACCAUGAACGCCAAACUCAGCGGCAAAUGGGGCGAGAAGCUGACCGGGAGCCUUCCCCAACAAAACCCCUUUGGACCAGGACUCCCCUUCGAGAUUGUCAUCAAGUGUGGCAGUGGCGCUUUCCAGCUGACUUUCAACGGCGGGCCCCAGCAGGACUUUGCUUAUCAAGUUCAGGAUCUGCAAGCCAUCAACUUGCUGUUGGUGUGGCAAGUGGAGCAGAUCCACGUCCAGCUGAAGUGACCACGCGGCCGUCCGAGCGCCGCUUCCUGUCUGGGCGUCGUCAGCCGACGGCAAUCAUCUCCAUUCUGAUGUUUUUUUCCUUAUU